GCUGGUUGUGUUGUAGGCUCACUGUGGUAUAUUCUAUAUUACCUGUAGUUGGGAUCUUCAUGGCCUUGGUCUCGACAUUACAUUCAUGGACUCGACACGGACACUAUUACAACAAUUAUAGAUACUUAUUGUUAUUUUUCCAUCAAGAACUAGCUUCUGUCUCUGCAAUCAACCUUCGUACAACUUACGGUCGUGAUUGAUUCAUCUUCAGACACUCAAGCUAAAAGUACUGAACAAAAUUGUUAUUAAUAUUUUCACAGUAGAAGAGGAAUACCAGAGGAGGCGUUAAUAUAGAUACUUUCACUAGAAAUUCAUUAAGAGAAGCGAAUAAGUGUAAAAACAGUGUGGAGCGUGACUUGCUAUUCCAGUCAACAAAUCUGUUAGUCUACAAGUAGAACUGAAGCAUCGCGAACAUCAAUAUUUACUCAGGAGGCAGCACUUCUUUGAGGUAUAAUCAAACAAGUACUUGUUUAGUAGAUCCUCGAUCAGGCUCAAGCAGACAUAUAAAUAUAUUCAUAGUAUUAGCUGUUGUCUAGUACCGUUUACUACGGUAAAAAACAGAGUGUACAUGUGCCAUCAACAAACCAAAUCAAAUUUGUGUAUCUUCUAUAUGAUUGCUUGAUUGCUGCAAUCUAAAUCUUUUUCGUUUCCUGUUGUCGCGGAGAUUUGCCAAAAGACUCGCUUCAACAACUACCGCAUACUUUCUUGCGGCUCGUCUGGCUUUGUUUGACUGAGACCACUGAUAGAGUCCUCCUGGUAGUUUCCCAUGAGUUUUGAUGGUGUCGCCACUAGAGCUUGUUGCAUUUCCGUGGUUGCUUCGCAAGUACUAUACUUCUGAUUUGUGCUUCUAACUCGAUUAUAGUGUUGUCACUAUACGUAUACGGACCAUUUCUCACUAGAAGUCCAACACUCAAAACGUUUAUCAAUCAGGCACUAAGUGUGGUUCUACUGUCGUCUUGGGAAAGUUAGAUAAUAGCAAGCACAUCGUUGUGGACUGACAAAUUUUCCUUUUUAUGCUCUACAAUCCAUCGUAUAAUUGCGUUGUCGCAAGCAUACUAUUGCAGAGUUGUUAGUAGUUAACUGGGAAUACGUCGUACUGCAGCUCCUUCUCUUGUUGGGAAGACGAGCAGCCACAUUGUUGAAGAAAGGGCCGAGGUUCAGCAUCAUAUGUAUUUCUACGUCUCCGAGUAGGAGAUUUUUUUGUGAGACUGACCAACGAGAGGUCGUAUGGGGUAAUUACUUACGCCAUGGAUUUGGCUACUUUUUUUGGGAACUACUACCGCUCACGCUUUCAUGACAAGAUUAUUUUUCACGAUUAUCGACGUGAAUGCAAAACUCCUUCGCGGAUUCCGUGACAAUUUCUCCUACAACAAGUUUUGUUCCACUACCUCGAUUUUCAGAACAACAACGAAGCCACCGUAGUAUCAGUUGCCAC